GUCAAAUGAAAUAUGGAGAUGAAUCUACAUUUAAAACGUUUUAUUUGGGAAGCAAGAAUUGGAAUUCAGGAUGUACACACAGACCAGGUGGUCUUUGGCAGGUCCAAAGAACAAAGAGAGGGUUGGAGGUUUUCUAAACAGGAGAAAUGUUCCACAUUGCUCUGCAAGAAAGUUCAUUGGCGCUGGAAAGUUCUGUGGAACCGACAACUUCUGAUUGAGAGAACGAGGUGCUCAAAGUCCAGCUGAAGAAAUAUGUAGGAGCUGUCCAGAUGCUGAAAAGAGAAGGUCAAACAGCUGAAGUUGUGCCAAAUCUUUGGAGUGUUGAUGGAGAAGUUACAGUAACUGAGCAGAAGCCGGGAGAAAUUGCUGAAGAACUUGCAAGCUCCUACGAAAGGAAGCUCAUCGAGGUGGCAGAGAUGCAUGGCGAGCUGAUUGAGUUCAACGAGCGCCUGCACAGGGCCCUGGUGGCCAAGGAAGCCCUCGUGUCCCAGAUGAGGCAGGAGCUCAUCGAUCUCCGGGGACCGGUGCCUGGAGAUUUGAGUCAAACGUCCGAAGACCAGAGUUUGUCGGAUUUUGAAAUAUCAAACCGGGCGCUGAUCAAUGUCUGGAUCCCCUCAGUGUUUCUCCGGGGCAAAGCAGCAAAUGCAUUCCACGUGUAUCAGGUCUACAUCCGGAUAAAAGAUGAUGAAUGGAACAUCUAUCGCCGGUAUACAGAGUUCAGGAGUUUGCACCACAAGUUACAAAACAAGUACCCUCAAGUGAGGGCCUACAACUUCCCACCCAAAAAGGCCAUUGGAAACAAGGAUGCCAAGUUUGUGGAGGAACGAAGAAAGCAGCUCCAGAAUUACCUGCGCAGCGUCAUGAACAAAGUCAUCCAGAUGGUCCCCGAGUUCGCCGCCAGCCCCAAGAAGGAGACCCUCAUCCAGCUGAUGCCCUUCUUCGUCGACAUCACCCCACCCGGAGAACCUGUGAACAGCAGCCGGCCCAAAGCGGCUUCCCGCUUCCCCAAACUCUCCCGAGGUCAGCCCCGGGAGCCGCGCAACGUGGAGCCCCAGAGCGGCGAUCUCUGACCUUGACAGAACCCCAGCCACGGGCCCUACGCAUCGCGCCAGCUGUCUUCACCCCAGCCACUGCCGCUGGCUCCUAAACCGCGGCGUGAGGACCACGUCUACCUGGUGAUCCUGAGAGCACACGAUCCCCACUAGUUACACAACACCCUGAUUAAACUGGUCAGUCUUUGAACCGCACAGUCUAGUGACCCCAGAGAGCAAGGCAGUGCCUCGCUGGACAGACUGGGACACGUGGUCCUUCUGCUUCUGGGGUCUGCCCUGGGCUGGAGGAGCUGUUCACUUUCCUGCAGUUCAGGGCUGGCAGGAGGGUGGCCACCAGGUCAGGCUGGGUGGCCUCUGAGAUGCACAGCUGAUCCCCUACAGAGCCAGCCUCUCCACUCUUUGCCACAUGGGGACUAGAGUGACUGUUAGCCUCUCCUUUUGCUUUUUAAGGUCAUUGCCUGGCCUAACCUAGGGACGGCUGGCUUCGUUGGCAGGGGGGUCUGGUUCAUUUCAUUGCAUUCUCCACCAAUGGUCAUUAGACACCCAGGACUGUCACAGCUCACUUCUCUAGAGGGAUAGUGCUGUGGUCUUGGCAAGGAGCCAUUAGUGAUGUGUAAUUUGAGUUCAGAGAAAUUCCCCUGCCUCACCAUGGCUGGCUUCAGGAAGGACCACUACCUUCGGUAGCCUGAAGCCACCCUAGGCCCUCUCUAGGCUUGGAGUUGGGCAGGGGGGGACUCGGACAUCUGGCCCAGCCAUCAGCAACCCGGUAACCCAGUGUCAUCCACCCUGUCCAAGGUGGCCUUGGUCCUACAAUCGUGAGACUUGGCUCAGGGAACCACUGCAGAAGGUUCCAUGGUUUUCAAACCAGGCUCCAUGUCUGUGAAGUUGGACCCAGUGUGGGCACUCAACAGAUCAUGUUUCAACUAAAGACACAUUUUCCAUCCUAUCUGCCCCCACACGUUGUCCUUGGGAACAGUACUCUGUAUCCCCUAAGACAGAGUCCUCCGUUCCUCCCAUGUCAUCAGGGUGGCUCUCAGAGUACAGGGGCCUUGGAAGGUGGAGAGGAGGUUGGGGACCAGCAGCUGGGCAGCCCCCGGUGGCUCCUCCUCCAGUGAGCUCACAUCAGAGCACCUCGCAGGACGAGAGCCAUCCUCAGACGCUCAGCACAGUUGAGGCCGUUUGCAUUUCUGGGGUAGAAUAACUAGGAAGGAGGUCGUGUAAUGGACUAUGCAAGUUUCAGUGUGUGUGUUCCGCCUUAACCUGAGGCAGAGACGCAGCGGAACCUGAGGACGGAAGCAGGUGGAAGGUGAUGGUUAGAUGGCAAGCCAUGGGCUUGUCCUGGGGACCUGCUUCAACUCAGUGGCUUAAAAUGUCAACUGCCCAGGUGAGCACGGAGCAUCUCCUGGGUCAAGGAAAUCUCUACAGAUAAUCAUCUGGAAGGUGUAUACUGUGCGUUCCCCUCGUAGCAAGAAGAUUGUUCAUGGCCUUUAAGGCAGGCUGAGAUCACACACACAGCCUCCCGACAGACUGAGGCCGCCUACAUGACUUCCAGGGGGACCUGGGGCCAGGUAAGCCAUGCCCCCCAAGAGCCAUGCCCCCCAAGACCAAAUGAGCCAGUGUGUGUAUAGAGGUGGGGACCCUGCAGUCAGUUUGCAACUGUACAAGACUCAAGACAUCCUGGAAAGGCAACCUGGUCUCCCUCCCACUCACCUGCUAACAUUGCUACAAUACACAUGCUUUAUCUGAAAUUCCAGGGCUGGAGUACACAUCGGCCCACUGGGCUGGCGCCUCUAAAUAGAGACCCUAACGGACCGAGGCAGGAACUGUCUAAAACCUCAAGCUGCUGUAUGUCAUGGCCCCUCAGGUUGGGUUUAUGCCACAUCGGUUAUUUUGAAGUGUUUGUUGCCAGCUCAGAGCUGGUCUCAGGAGUGCCUCCCUAGCCCAGGCACAUGCCCUGGAGGUCAUCUCCCCGUUCUGUUGGAUACAGAAAGGAACGUCCCAUUCUCCUACAUUCCCCUGGGCCCAGGCUCAGGACCCACACCUUUUCUGCCAUCUGCCCCCAAAACACAGGAUGUGAAUCGGGUCUUGCCCUCUCCAGAUACCCCACCACGAAGCACCUUGGACAUUCUGCACAUGUUAACAAUGCAAAAAAGUGUCCCCCAGAGCUGAUGCUAACCCAUGAGAAAUAAGUAUGCUCUCAGCUAAUAUUGAACGAGUGGGAGAAACUGCCUCCCCAUUUUAUAAUGCUGAAUUAUUCACAAAAAACUUGCCCUGCCCUCCCAAAUGGGGAGAGCAUGCCCCUGGUACCUCUCCCGUGAUCAUGUACAGACCCUAGAGUCAUCUCCCAGAUCCAGAGCAUCCCAUUUUCACUCAAAUGCUGGUGACCAGCACAUAACAGCAGCUCCCCGAAGCCUUCGCUUUGAAAUCCCAUAGAAUGUUCUGGAAGGAGUGGGUCCAUUCUGCUGCUCAGAACCCCGUCUUGCUCUCUAGUACAGUGCGAUGAACUUCAGGGAAACAGACAACUCUCACAGGGUUCCCGGUUCCUGGAGUAACGGGGCACAAACACCCAGGCCUAGCAGGAUUGUGGCUGGAACCUGGUGCCCAAAUUCCACCCCCUGUAAAUCUGUCAUCAUCUGCCCCUCAGCCUGGAUUCAAUUCUGAGGGCUGGCUCAGCCCGUGAGCUAUCCAUCAGUGGCAAAGACACCCCUACAGAAAGGAUUGCUUGCACCUCACAACUGUCUCCUUCCAAGAUUACUCGGGGGUUUCAAAGUCAGCAUCGGAGAACAAAAGCCCCCCUCCCCGCCAAUCGGGAGGAACCAAGGGAACCCACCUUUCUCUCAAGGGCCUUGGAUUUCUGGGACCACCUCUGCUGGGAGGAAGAAUCUACACCGAAUCCUUUCUCUCUUCAUGGCCUGCUGUGGCUCAAACAGAACAUCACCAGGUUCCAUCUUUCACAUUUUUUUUCUCCCCCAGAUGAAAGGCCACUCAGGAAAGGUAGGGCUGGGCAGAGGUGUCUCUCCUUAAGAGAACAAAAGCUUCUAAGGAAGGGAGGUUAAAGGCUGCUAGAAACCUAGCCCAGCCCUCCACUCCUGACCUGAGACAGAACCUUCUCUGCUUCUCUUCCUGGAAUCAGUCUGAAAUUCCAGCUUCUUUGAUUUGCACUUGGUGGUAUGCUCCAGUGACAUUGCUGGCAAGCCAUUUUAGAGUGUGGAGCUUGGAUUCAAAGCCCCCAGCAUUUCUCUACCGGCAGGCCCUGGUGGAGGAAGACACUUUCAGGGAAGAGGCUCUUAUAGUCCAUAGUGGUAGCCAUCUUCACAUCCAGUCACCAUUGCAUCUAGGGACAUGCUGGCUACAAAAGGGAUCAUCCAGUCGAGUUGUAAACGAGGGUGCCAUCUUGCAAGAUCUAGGAAGGGGAGGGAUGUGGACUGGGUCUGAUCACAGCCCUUGGCUCUGCUUCAUACCUUAGGGCUUAUAAGAUGAAUUCUUUGUUAACCAUGUAAUUUUUUUUAGAACCAUGGCAGGUAGUUAUUGUGCUUUAGAAAGCAGAGGCGCCUGAAAGUCGUUUACACCAGGCACAUUGAUAGUAUGGCUGUAGCUGAUACAACCAACAGGCACUGGGGCCAGUGACCACAACCUGGGAUUGGAAACAGGAGUGAAACCCGCCAGCCUGCCUGGUUGAUGCACAGCAGGCUCUGCCUUCUGGAGGCAGCUUAUAUCCUAACACCCUGAGCCAGGGCUCUGUGGCCCAGGCGAGCAGUGGCUGCCUCUCUUGGGUGUGCAUGGGACGAUUUGCACACCCUCAGGACCAGUUCUUGGGGUUCUGGGUCUCGGCUUUCCUGCCCCACCUGCUCAAGCCCCCAUGGGGCUGCAACUCCAUCUGGCCCCUCACAGGGAGGCCCAGCCAUGUUCUCUGGGCACCCAGUGAGCCCCCUCCCCUCCAACCACCCCCAGUAAUCCAUCCUUCAUUCCUCAGCCAAGCUCCUAUGUGAGCUGCAGCACCCAUACAUACGGGAGAGGCCCUGCACUCCAGAAGCAUGUUCCAGCCUUGGCACAGAACUGAUGGCAAAGGGUGUGCUGGGUUUUCAGCUCAAGACUCCCGCCUCACUCCUUCCCCAGUACAUCAGACUGGCUAGGAGGCAUCCCAGAAGGGGCAGCCUCGUGCCCGGGUUUCAGCCCCAAAAGUAAUGAUUGUCUUGCCUCUGCCUUGGCAUCUCUCUCGGAAUCACGGCAGAUGUGGAGUGUUUCUGGAAGGCAGGCAUCUGCUUAUGCACAAGGUCAAUGGUAACAUUUUUCAAAAUAUUGUGCAUUAAUUCAUUAAAGCUACUGUUAAAUAUUUGCUGUUUUCAGAUUGGCUUCCAUGCUAAUUUUGCACAGUUGUAGCACUGUAUAUCUCACAUUUCUGUGCCAAAAAAGUUCAUCUUCAUGUUUUUCUAAUAUACAAUCUUGAUUUAUGUUCCUAAAGCUUCAGCUCCUGGGUCAAUAGGAAUAAGAGGGUAGCAUCCAGGGUCUCCCGGCUCUGGGCAGACCGGAUCCCACUGUUCAUCCCAUGGUUGUUGAAACGCACCUGGAUCAGUCAUCUCUGGUAUUCCUCACUCUAGCCAUGAGCCAUUGCCAUCUUAUGGGCCCAAUUUGGGUACUCUGAGUUCUGUCAUGGAGCACACACUUACUUCUGAAUCCCAGCAAGCAAGUUGCAUAUCCUUCCUUAUAGCUAGUUUCUAUAGAGAAGUGAAAAAAAUCUGGCUUCCUUAAAAGAUGGUUGAGCCUAUGACAUGAAUGAGCAGCCCUGCUGGCAGAAGAUUCUAGAUUCACCACGGGUGGUUUAAGGGCCCAGGGAUUUGGUUCUUGGUGGUGCAUAAAUGUUUUCCCAUCCUAAUCAGAAAACCACUCACCCAGGCUUCCCCCACUUCCCCUCAAAUUUGUUCAGCUCUGCCACCGGUCUCCAUGAACAGCAAGGGAAACCACUGUCAGUGUAGGAAAGACAGAGGAUGCCCUUGUAAGAAUUGGAACUGAGGACAGAAGCACACACAAUGGUGGAUCGUACAUUUGCACCCAGCUCAACUAAACAAUAAGUGACCCCAGAAACUAUUAAUUUCCCGGAGUGAAGGGGAUGGGGGUAGAGCUACUUAGAAUUUUUAUUAUCCAGGAUUCAUCCUAAGAAGAAUGUCGGCCUCUCUUCAUCCCUGGCUUAGCCGUCAGGUAGAACGCUUACUCACCUGACACCGACUUCUUAGAGAAGCGAGUCUUUUGAAUGGAGGAGCAAUGGUAACCCCACUAGGGGGCGCCCAUGAUCGGCUCCCAGUGAGCCUUCUUGGGGUAAGCGGGCUGCGUAUCUAGUCUAUGAUAGUCUGUGUGUACAGAAGGUCUAGAAGUCUGUGGAAACGCCCUGAAACCUGUAGUAUCUUAACUACCCUCUUAUGUUAAGGUUUACAUAAUAGGAUUUUUAAACAAAUGUGUUUAAUUUUUUAAGAUCUCUUGUAUUAAGAUUUUCUUUUGGAAUAAGCUGUGGAAAUUUUGUUACAACCUGGUUGAGAUAAACCUCUUCACAAUGACAAAAAUUGUGACAUUUUAUAAAUUAGAUACUUCAGUG